GGCUGAAGCAGACGAUGAUCAGAACCUCAUUUGGGGUCCUGCUCCAGACCUGGGGAGGGGGCGGUGACGAUAGCGAUUUUGUUGCUGUAUUAGGAACUAUCAGGCGAGUCUUUCCAGCAUGGACGGUGACCCAGGGCUUGGGGAGUCAUCAUGGUUGUCUCUCGGGGGCUAGGAAACGGGUAUUUAAGGGGUCGUUGUGUCCUCAGAUCAUGACAUCUAUCCCCAUCUCAACACCCACUUUCAAAUCCACCUCCACCAUGCAACUGCUCGCCAUCCUGACCACCUUUCCCCUGACCGCCCUCGCGGUGGUGAAUGGCCGUUGUUCCGGUAGCGCCGCCACCGGCACCUGGGGACAAAGCGGCAUCUGCAUUUCGACCGGCACCUGCAACUCUUUCGGCGGUGUCUUCAAGAGCGGUGCUUGCCCUGGUGACGCGGCCGAUAUCAGAUGCUGCCUCAUCGGCCUGGAGGGGUCGACCAACAAGCCAUGCGGUGCUCCUCGAUCAUACUGCGACUGGGACGGACAUGCCUGCUGGGGGGUUACGCACAGCGGUGAAAAUGUCCCGGUCCGGCAAAUUAUAGGUGCUGCCAGAGUCUGUAAAUAGGCACCUAUGCCUGAUUCUCGGGAGACUUUCGGUAUUGCAGUUGGGCUUCGUGUACAGUGGGGAAAAAG